AUUCCACAGCCUCAAUUUGCAUGAAAGUUCCACUCUCUCUGUCUCUCAUAAAGUAGUAGUUGUCGGCUUAUUGAGCAGUGGAAGCGCCAACCCUUUUAAAUUUUCUCUCCCAUUUCCACACCAAGGAAGCUGCUUCUCACCAACCUUUGAAACUCCCCAGAAAUCUCUCUCUCUCUCUCUCUCUCUGAGUUCACCCUACUUUUACACAUAAAUAUUCAAAUGCCAGUCCAUUUGCAAAGACUGAUCCAUCUAUACAUAGAUUAUAUAUUGAUCAAUUGAAGAAACUAAACUCUUAUUUUAUAUAUAUAUUGAUAUUGUUUGAUCAUGGAGAUCACAGUCAUAUCAGCCGAAGGUCUCAUCAACAACACAUCCAAGCCGCUCUUCUCCCACCGUCUCAGGCCCUUCGCCACCGUUACUGCUCCGCCGUGUUCAUCCAGAACCGCCGCUGCCGGCGACAAGCCCAACCCGGUUUACAGAACAAGGGUGGACGACGAAGGCGGGAAGAACCCUAAUUGGGGCGACAAGUUUGUAUUACCAAUCGAUGCAAACUUUUUAUACCAAAGCCAGUGCUCCAUAUUCGUUGAAUUGUACACCAAGCUUCUCACCGGCGGCCAUUCUCAACUGGGUUGGUGUCAGAUUCCGGCGUUUGAUAUCCUGGAUGGGUUGACGCCGCCGGGCUCCGUGCGCCACCUGAGUUACAGGCUGCGCGCCAGGGACGGUUCGAAGGGCCACGGAGUUGUGAAUCUUGCGGUGAAGUUGGAGGCUUCGGUUUCGGCGAGAAACUCGCGGGAGAUGGGUUUGGGUCAGACGGUGAUGGGUUUUCCUGCCGCUGUUGUGGCGGCGGCGGCGGCCGGCGGAGGAGAGAAUGGUCAGUUGGAUGUUAGAUGUAAAGAGGGAAACAAGAAGGCGACAGGUCAACCAAUGCAACGGUUUGGAUCUUAGUGUGUAUGUAUUGGAAGUUUUUGUUUUUUUUUGAUAAUUGGAUAUUAAGAUGUGAUGUGUGAUCAUCCAACCUCAUUUAUCUAAACCAGACUUAGGGCUACCCCCCACCAAUUUCUAUUUGAAUCAGCGAAGCAAAGAACUGAACCUAAAAUAGUAAUAGAAGAAAACAAAAUAUUUGGACGAAAUGUUUGGUGAUAUCUUUACGAGCUGAAGAAUAUAUAUUGUGAGUUCUAGACAAAUCAAAAUAGGCUAUACAGGGGUGGAUCCAAGAUUGAGAUUAAGAGAGGCUGAAGCCCGUGCAGACCCCCUCUAGAUCAGUGGAUGGAACAAUAGAAACAAUAGACUCAUUUGAACAGAGAUUGAGGCCCAUAUAGGCUGCCCAGAUCCGUCCUUGAGACUAUACACGUAAAUGGCAAUGUCCUACAACAAAUGUUGAAUAAA